UGACGGAAAUGAGGUAAAUGUCGGAGGAAAUGUUCAGCGCGCGAAAGGAGCCGCAGGAAGCGAGAACGAGACGGAGCGCGAGCCGGGGUCGAAUUAAAGAAUAACGGUCAAAAAAAAGAAUCCGCAAGCAUCUCUGAAAACCAUGGCAGAUACCAAGGAAACGCAAAAAGAAGAUCCUACCACAGAGGAGACUUCAACAGAAAACACAGAAGAUGCCAACCACGACCCUCACUUUGAGCCCAUCGUAUCACUCCCUGAGCAGGAAGUUAAAACGCUGGAAGAGGAUGAGGAGGAACUCUUUAAAAUGCGUGCAAAACUGUACCGGUUUGCUUCUGAGAACGAGCCCCCGGAGUGGAAGGAGAGGGGCACUGGGGACGUGAAGCUGUUGAGACACGCGGACAGGGGAACAAUCCGCCUCUUAAUGAGGAGAGACAAGACCCUGAAGAUCUGUGCAAACCACUACAUUGCUCCUGUGAUGGAGUUGAAGCCGAAUGCAGGUAGUGACAGAGCCUGGGUUUGGAACACACAUGCUGACUUUGCAGACGAACAUCCCAAACCAGAACUCCUGGCUAUCCGGUUCCUUAAUGCAGAGAAUGCACAGAAAUUUAAAGCAAAGUUUGAUGACUGCAGGGAACAAGUGAGGAAGUUUCAGCAAGGUAGCGACAGUGCUGACAAAGUGGCAAAUAAGCUGGAGGAGCUGUCUGUAAAGGAUGACAAGAAGACCAAUGAGUCAGGAGACAAGAAGGAUGAAGCGGCUUGCAAGAAGAAAGAGGGUGAAGAAGUGAAGGGGAAGGCAGAAGAGAAGUAAAACCAUGCUCCGACCUUCCUCCAAUUCAGUAUUUUUUUUGUUCUGCUUAGUGUUUUUUUUUUUGUUUUUUUUUACAAUGGACUUUAACAAACUGAAUUUGGACACUUGCAUUUUUUUCCCCCUUAGCUUUUGCUCUCUCAGAUCACAAGAGCUUGGAGACACUUCAGAGUAUCCAUUCCCCAGUCGUCAGUGUACUGUGCUGGUUUUUUUUUUUUUUCCAUAGUGGAAAUAAGUUAAUACAAUGGGAUCUGUAACUCGGAAGUAUCUAACAUGAUAUCUUACGGUGAAAAGUCUUGUGAUAUUGAUUCCCACAUUGGGUAGCGCGUUGUCUCUCUUUUCCCUUUGCUUGUUUAAAAAAAAAAAAAAAAAAUACAAAUAAAAAAGGGGAACAAAAGUAGAUUUUCAUUGAGAAAUCACAGUUUAAUUUUGGUGCAAGGUCUUCAGGUUACUGGUCAUGGUAGGUGUGGGUGGGAAGGUGGUUAAGAUUGCAGCCGUGUGGCUUUCUGAAUUGGUGACUGGUCUGUUUUAGAAUUUGUUUAUCAAAAUGAUAACAUGCACUCUUCACGAGAUGUAUUCUUUUGUGCAGAACAGCAAACAUAAACCCCUUUCACACUGGGACGCUGACCCAGCUCACAGUCUUGCAUCGUGUGAAACGAUGUACCUGGGUUGUAGCCAGGUUGACCCGGCUCCCAACGACCCGCAUCCUGAGGGGGGUCGACACGCUGUAUCCGGGUUGAGUGAGACAAAAGGCAUGAUAGCCGCCGGAAUAACAAACAGCCACGUCUGCGUGAAGGUUUCACUUCUGCAAGGAGUGUUUUUGUUUGUUCUGUUUUAGCCAUGUUUUUGUUGCUUGAGGCGCCCCAUGAGCCAGAGUGCAGCAGGACUGAAGACACAGUUGCUCUAAACAAUAUGUGGGCCGAAGGUUCAAUCCAGAGAAGCUUGGAUGGAAGCGUCUGUAACGAGCUGCUUCCAGGGCAUUGGUACGCGUAUUGUUUAUUUGCUUGCUUGCGUCUGUCACCCAGUUAUCAAGCAGUGUGAACUCACCUAGCUGACCCGCAUGACACCGGGUCCUCACCUGGGUAGAGCAUGCUGGACUCACAGGGGCUGUAGUUAUUCAUGCAGAUGCCAGUGUGUCAUCACUGGUUUCACUAACCCAGAUUUCCACUAUUCUUCAGACUACUAUAGCUAUGGUUGUCCAAUAUUAGUUAUAAUAUAUAUCUGUAAAUCAAGUUGCAAAUAUGCUUUCAGCUAUAAUAUCUUUUAAUAUCCUCAAAUGGAGAACUAUUACCGACUUCAAAAGCAAAUGCUCAUGCCACACCUCCCCCACCUAAAUGAAAGCCAUGUGCUACAUUCAGUUUGUUGAGUGAUUCAGUGCUUGCAGUAAGAUCUGAAUUGCGUGUUCGUUCAUUACAUUGGCAGCGUGUCCAACUGGAAUCUGGAAAGGCAAGUCCUUAUGGGGAUGAGGCUGUGUGUAGCGGGGGAGAGACAUGAGACCGCUGGUGCUGCCUGCAUGGCAGGCUAGUAACCUGCACCACGCAAUGGCUGUAUGGGGUGCCAGAGAGACUCCUCUAGUGGUGUGAGGGGGUGAACAAUGCAGCAAAACAAGAAUAUAUAAAGGCUUGAAAAGAUAUUAAAAGCAAUCCUUGGUACCAUGCCUAGUUUAAUUAUGUAGCUUGUGCUUCUCUAUAUCUUCUGUACAAUGAAUAGGAAGGAUCAGGUUAGGUGAUGCAUGUACCACUUCUUUACUAAACUUUCCAGCAUUCUUGUGAGCACUUUAUUUUUUGACAACGUGGACAUGGUACUUGCGUAGCAAAUCACAUUGGAUGUUUAUUGAAGGUUUCCUUUCUGAAUGAUCUAGCUUGUUAUAGUGACAACGCGUUACAAAUGAUGUUAAAAAAAAAAAAAAAAGGUUGUGAACAAAAUCAAAUGAAUUAAAAUAUAAUACUGGCAACUUUUUAUGUGAUCUGUUGACAUCUUGUAUUUCCUUUAAAUGUGGAUAUACCUGUGCACAGUACACACGGUUUAAAUUCAUUAAAUCGUCUGGGUUUUUUUAUUAGA